AGUAUAGGGAGCAAAGGGGAGGGAAAGUAACAGAUGGACUUGUGGGGAUUAGAGGGAAAUCUCGGUGGGUUUCUGAUGGGAACUCACCCAAGACGGAGGAGGGAGUGAUGAGGGAGCGCAGAGGAAAGGUGAAGGACACACAUAGAGUCUCUGCCAGUGGUCCCCAAUAUGGUGAGUCGAGCUGGUUUUGAAUUUUCUUAUUUUUUGUUGCACGAGUAUAAGCUGAUCAGAAGUUGAGCGUGAGCGGCAGCUGGAUCUGAGGGGAAAGAUUCCAGCUCAUCGUGAUGAGACGAUACAGAGGAAAGCAAUAAUGUGGUCGUCCAGACAAAGUCAGCAUGAGAGUCAGUUGACUUAAUCUCAUCCACCUCACCCUGCAAGAUUAACACAGAUUACCAGGCCCAGAGGUAGGCCUGAGAUACUGGACUAAUCACUUCUUUGCGAGCUCAAUCCCUCCCAAAGAGAGGUGGAGGAACAGGUUGAGAAACAGGACGUGUCCUGAGAACGGGACUGAUUAGUUUCAAAAUCCACAAAGAUAAGAUUUAAACGUUUAUCUGAGAGGGAAGCAACAACCGGUCAGAGAAAACAAAAGUGAGGCGAGAUGUGAUGGCAGUGGAAACAUGGGGUAGCGGGGCAGCUCGGUGAGAAGAAAUGACUGGAGUCAAACAUCUCGCCUGGCUCGUGCCGUAACGUCAAGAAGAAAAGGAGGGUCUCAAAUUUAAAUCUGAUGAACUACUUUGCUUUUCUGGAGAGCUGGAGUUGGCAACCUCUGGCCUGCACAUCUGUCCCCUUUUCCACUCGCUGGAAGUGAUUAAAUCCCAGCACUUCAUCUUUCUCCACUCCACUGUCCUCUGACCUCUGCUCAUCGACUGUUCUCCUUCCUCAAACCCCACCCUCCCGACAUCUCUCCACCCGACCUCUUUUCAGAUUCCUUUCUGACCUUUGUUCCACUUCUCAAACAUCCCUAAUCCCCUCCUACCAUCCUCCAUGAAUCAAUCUCAAUCACAACAACAACCCGUCACGCCCAACUCGCUGGACUUCAUCUUGACUCGUCACUGUGGUGUCACAGCAACCCCCUUGCUCCUCUGAUCCACAUCCCAGUCGAACCAACAUCAAAGACAGGCCGAAGCCCACUCUUGGGUCGGUCUCACUUCUUGCUGGGUUUCUUGGAAGUCCAGACGCAGCCAUGCUGGAGAACAUGUCCAGGCGUAACCGCUCCCUGCUGUCGCUUUCCCUCACCUCACUGGCCCUCACCCUGUCCGUCUCGGCUUUCUGCACCUCCUAUUGGUGCGAGGGAACGCACAAGGUGGUGAAGCCUCUCUGCCUGUCGCCUGUCAAGAUGAAGAACUGCGGGCAGAACAACAGCCAGCCGUACACGACAGAGACCCCCACACCGGACCCGAGGAACCCGGUCUCCAACGUGACGCUCACUCCGCUGCAGAAGGAGGAGCUGGCCAGGAUAAAGAGGAAGCAGCUGGCCAACGCCGUGCAUUACAUCUGGGAGACGGGCGAGGACAAGUACAUGCUGCGUUACUUCCACACCGGCUUCUGGCUCUCCUGUGAAAAGCACAAUGAAGGUAACGAUCAGGAAGAAAAGUGUCGCAGCUUCAUUGAGCUGACGCCAGGAGAGACACAAGGUGUCCUCUGGCUUUCAGUCAUCAGUGAGUUCAUGUACAUCGGUCUUCUGGCCAUGGGCUUCCUGCUGAUGUGUGUGGAAGUGAUUUGCCUCUGUGCCAAGAGGGAGAUGAACGCCCUCAAGAUCAACGCCUUCGCUGCCAUGUGCACCGUCCUCUCAGGUAUGAUGGGGAUGGUAGCACACAUGAUGUACACCACCGUGUUUCAGAUGACUGUGAGCAUCGGGCCCAAAGACUGGAGGCCACAGACCUGGGACUACGGAUGGUCUUUUGCCAUGGCGUGGCUGUCGUUCAGCUGCUGCAUGGCGGCCGCCGUGGCCACGCUCAACUCCUACACCAAGACCAUCAUCGAGAUGAAGCACCGGGCCCGGGUGAGGCUGGAGGAGGUUCGUGCUGCCGCCCGCGCCCCCUCCUACGAGGAGGUUGUCCGCGCCGGUGGUGGAGGGGUUUACUCCGUCAGUCAGCUGAUUCAGCUCGGCCAACAGGGGGCGCUCAUGGACCCUCUGUGGCCCAGAGGCAUGGGACCAGCUGUCGGACAUCUGGCGUGUGGCGCUGGGGGAGCGCUGCUUGUUGGUGGAGGAGGAAUUGGAGUUGGAGGGAUGGGAGCAGUUGGGAUGGGAAUGGGAAUGGGAAUGGGAGGAGUAGGAGUGGGAGGAAUGGGGCUAGGAGGGAUUGGCGGAGGAGGAAAUGGAGUUGGAAUGGGAAUGGGAGGAGUUGGAGGAAUGGGUGCAGCAGGAGUAGUCGGCGUUGGUGGAAAUGGCGUUGGAAUGGGAGCAGUAGGAGGAGCUGGGGGAAUGGGUUUUGGAACGAUGGGAGCACUGGGUGGCGGAGCUGGAGUGGGAGGUGGAAGGCUGGUGGACCAUCACGGUGUAGUGGUAGUGGAGGGAUGCGGCGCUGAAGGUUGUGAAGACUGUGAACGGGAAAUGGACGAGAUGGAUUACGCCAUGCAUGAGGAGAGAGAGGACUCACUAUGCUAAAACUUUUUGUCGGGAUUGGCUCUACACAUUAUCACACCAAAAUCUUUUCUGUUUUUUUUGUAUACAUCCAAAUAAUAAUUGUAGCAUGGUGCAUUUCUAGACUGUUGUGUCAUUCAAUUUCCUGACCACUGGGGAGCAGUAAGACUCCAAAUCAAGCUCACAGACUCAAUGCUCUGAUGAACUGUUGGUUUAUCACGUUGCUACUGCCUACUUUCACAUCCAGCAGAGACAUCAUCCCUUUGCAGUUCUGUUUCUGGCCACCCGAUACAUUUAAAUCCACUCUCCUUUUAGCUCUGCUUUGGUCUCCAUCAACAGGAAAAUCUCGUGCUUUCUGCUGAUUCUUGCUGGGCCGGCAGCGUACAGUCGGUUCAGCGAAACCUCCGCUUUUAUAAAGAGGGCUAGUAAAAGCUUUGAGACUCUACCAUCACGUUUGUGUGCAGCAGCAGCACAAAUGGACUAAAAGAGACUAAAAGCUGCAUAGAGUCUGGUGUUGACUCUCAUAAGGUUCAGGAGGUCAGUAGUAGUGACCCAUUACUUCUAAUGACUUUGCUGGUAAUGUUGUCGGUGUUAACAUAAAAGAUAUUCUGCUGUUUUUUGGGGGUUUUUUGCUCAAACUUUUUUUGCCAGUAUUCAGAAUGAAAAGAAGACCAAACCACGUAUAUUCAAAAAGUGUAUAAAAUGUGAGUAAAAAGAACUGUUGCAUCUUUUUUUUAACAACGAUUAGUUUUAUCUGUAAAAUAUUUUUAAAUAUGUUUAAAGGACCAAAAGGCGAAAAUGUGAGGCCAAGCCAAAAGCAGGCUGUGUCUACUGAGUUUUAUAUUCUGUUGAAAGACUUCUGUAUGUCUCAUUCAGGCUGGAUGUACACAGAAUAACCCAACAGGAAUUGGUUUUGUGAUCCUCUGCAGUGACAAUUAUCUUUUGUUUUUUUUCCGGAUUGUCUUACAAUAAAAAAGUUUACUGCAAGCAGAUCAAUAUAACCGAAAAUCCAAAAACAAAACGUCUUUGCUCUUGUAAAUCCAGCCUUACAGUGAGUGACUUCUUCAGGGAUUGUGUGUAAUUUUAUGACUCAUGUGACGUAUGAGAGGAUGUGAGACUGUAUUAAGAGAGGGGUUUGAGAGAUGAUGAUGAUGAAGCUGUGACAACGGGCUGUGGCAUAUGAUGUACAUUUUAUUGUUUUUAAUCUAUGUUUGCAUGAAUGGAUGGAAAUCCCCUCCAGUAAGGUGAUAAAUAAAAACAAACCACAUCGUCUGAUGACA